AUGGACGGUGAUCCUGCCAUUGAGCCGGAAAUCGAUGGCUUCACUCGCAUCCUACCCUUACCAUACCGCGUUGCUCUCAUAAUUGUGCUUGGUAUAUGGGCAUGGGGCCUCAACCUUCACUACCUCUCCCUCAUAAAAAUCGAUGUCCCCUCUCUAAUCCGCUAUCCAUCACGCGCCUCGCCACAUCACCCGUCCCAUCACCUCUCCUGUUACCGUAUCGCAACCUUCCUCUCCAUCCCUCUCGCCCUCUCGCUCCUACUUUUCUGGGCGCUUACCCACGGUAGCACCAAAGCCAUUGCAGAUUGGGAGAUCCUUCCAAACCUCUACCUACUCGUCCUCGUCAUAGGCUUCGUCGCGCCAGUGCCUUUUGUCAGCCGCAAUGGACGCUCGCGCACACUCGCAACGUUGAAGCGCAUCAGCACUGGUGGCAUUGCCGAAGCGCAAGAUGGGAAAUUUGGAGACAUAUUGCUUGCAGAUGCGUUGACAAGUUAUGCCAAAGUCCUUGGUGAUUUGUUUAUUUCAUUGUGCAUGUUCUUUUCGUCGGGACAACGCUCUACUGCUGCGCCUAACCGCAACUGCGGUGGAACUUUCUGGGUCCCCUUUAUCAUUGUGGUCCCCUAUUUGAUCCGCUUUCGGCAAUGCAUUACGGAGUACUACCGGGUCAAAAGAGGAAAUGAGCGUACCGGCCAGAUCAAUCCGGCCACUGGUUGGGGAGGCACGCACUUGGCCAACGCAGCAAAAUAUUCGACCGCGUUCCCCGUCAUCAUCCUGAGCGCGUUGCAGCGCUCGCCCGACCCUUCGAGCUUCGGCGUCUCAGAAGCCACGCUCUAUCGCAUGUGGCUCUUCGCUGUCAUUGUAAACUCUGGCUACUCCUAUUACUGGGAUGUAGCCAAGGACUGGGAUCUGACACUCUUCUCCAGUGCCCGGAUCCGAAAUUCGCCCGAAUAUCCCUGGGGCUUACGCCGCCAUCGUUGGUUCCACGCAAAAGAGUUUUACUAUGCUGCCGUUGUCGUCGAUGCCCUGCUAAGAUGUACAUGGAGCCUGAAACUCAGUGUACACCUCGACCACUUCAAUGAUUUGGAAGGUGGCAUCUUUACAAUGGAAGUGCUCGAGGUGAUUAGAAGGUGGAUAUGGAUCUUUUUUCGUGUGGAGACUGAGUGGGUCAGGAACCACAAGGGCCCAGCCCCCGACGAUGUUUUACUAGGGGAUGUGGGUGCAGGGAACAGGUAUGAUGAUGAUAGUGACUAG